CUUACUGGGGGGUACCCCCCCAAAUUUCCUCCCCCAGGCUACGGCCCCGUGGCCCCCCUGUCCCCAGGGGGCAAAGCCUUCUGCCUGGCCUACGUGGUGCUGGGCGUCCCCUUCACCGUGCUGACGCUGGCGGUGGUGGCCCGGUGGCUUUCAGUGCCGGUCACCCGGUGGCCUCAGCGCUACCUACGGGUGCGGUGGGGUUGGAGCCCCCGGGGGGCCGCCGGGCUCCAUCUCGGGCUGCUGGCGGUGGCAGUGGCGGGGGGCUUUGUGCUGCUGCCCGCCACCGCCCUGCGGGCCCUGGGGGGCUCCAGGAGCUUCUUGGACUCCGUCUUCUUCUGCGGCAUGGCCAUCACCACUGUGGGGCUGGGGGACACUGCGGUGGCACCGGAGGGGCAGCCCCUGCGUCACCUCUACCAGGUGGCCUUGGCCGCCUACCUGCUGCUGGGGGUGACAGCGGCGCUGCUGCUGCUGGCGGCGUUCCAGCAGCUGCUGGAGCUGCACGGGGUCAGCGCCGCGCUGCGCCCCCCCACGGAUCCCCCUGAGGAGGACGGGGGGCUGCUGGAUGAGGGGGGGCAAUAAACGCGGGG